AUGGGAUGUAAUGUAAGGGGUUUGAAUAAGAGGGAAAAUAGAUUGGUGUUAGAUGUUUGUAGAGAAAAUAAAGUUGGGCUUGGUGCCCUCCUUGAAACAAAAAUAAAGCAUGAAAAUGUGAAGGAUGUUAUUGCCUCUAGCUUUCCAAACUGGGAUUUCUAUUCCAGUUCAACUAUAAGCAACAGAAUAAUAUUGAUAUGGCAAUCGAAGUUUGUUUGUGUUGAAGUCCUGAUAGAGGAUGUCCAAUUCAUCCAUUGUAAGGUCAAAGGGAUAGGGUUAAUGGAGGAGUUCUUUUUUACUACUGUUUACGGUAGUAAUGUGUUGCUGGAGAGGAGGAAUCUUUUUGAACAGUUGGCUGGUCAUGGUUUAUUAAAUAAGCCUUGGUUAAUUCUUGGGGACUUCAACGCCAUGUUUGGCUUUCAGGAUAGAGAGGGUGGCAAGCAAAUUUUGGCGAAAGACAUUGAAGAUGCUCAAACUUGGCUCUCCCAAGGUCAAGUGGAGGAGUUAAAAGGAUCUGGUUCAUAUUUUACUUGGUCUAACAAGCAUGACAUGGGCUCUAGAGUUUAUUCCAAGCUUGAUAGAGUCUUUAUUAAUGAAGAUUGGUUGGAUCAAUUUCCAAACACUGAAGCGUGCUUCAAAUGGGACUACAUUUCGGAUCAUAGUUAUUGCAUUGUCAAGAGCAAUAGAAUUGGUAAUGUGGAAGUAAAAUCUUUCAGGUAUUGUAACCAUUGGACUCUUCAUAGUAAUUUCCGUGAGACUGUUUUAAGUUGCUGGAACAGAGGGAAUGGUGCUAAAACCGUGGGAGAUGUGGGUAGAAAGUUACUUAGACUAAAGCAUGUGUUAAAGAAAUUUAACAGGGAGGAAGUCGGGGAUAUAGUGCAUCUUUAUCAUCAAAGCAAAGCCCAGUUUAUCUCGGCUCAGGAGAACCUGGAAAAAGACCCUAGCAACAGCAUCCUGCAUCAGAUUGAAAAGAGUAAAGGUUUAGAGUACGCUGCAGCUAUAAAAUAG